CACCCCUAUCGCCCGCCCUAGAACCCUGGGGGGUUGGGUUGGGGACCCAGGCCCAGGGAAAAGGGAAUCGCGUGGGGCCAGCUCCCUCCCUGAGCUGUGUCCCCGCGCGCGCGCGCCGCGCCCCCUCCGCGGCCUCCCCGCGCCCGCCUCCCUCCUUCCCCUCCUCCUGGUGACGUCCGGGUCCCUGCCCGUCUGAAAACUCCGCGCCGCGGCGGUGGAGGCGGCGGCGGCGGCAGAGGAGGAAAGGGAGGAGGAGGUGGUGGAGGAGAGGAGCAGGAGGAGGAGCAGCGGCGAGCCCGGGCGACGUCGGCGGGGCCCGAGCGCGGAGCCCCCGGGAUAGAGCGCGCACCGGGGUGUCCCGGCACCCCGCUCGCCCCGGGCCGCCGCGGAAGAUGGUGGCGGCGCCGUGCGCCCGGAGGCUGGCGCGGCGCUCGCACUCGGCGCUGCUGGCGGCGCUCAUGGUGCUGCUGCUGCAGACGCUGGUGGUGUGGAAUUUCAGCAGCCUGGACUCCGGGGCUGGAGAGCAGCGGCGCGCGGGGGCAGCGGCGGGAGCAGCCGAGCAGCAGCAGCAGCAGCAGCCCGCGGCCCCGCGCCGGGAGCGCAGGGACCUGGCUGCCCAUCUGCCCGCAGCCCGCGGAGGAACUGGAGGCCGAGCCGGCGGAGGAGGAGCACGGGGAGGCGGCCCCGGAGGAGCCCGCGCACAGCAGCCUGCCAGCCGCGGGGCACUAGCCUCCCGGGCGAGGGAUCCACACCCGAGUCCACUGAUCACCCUAGAGACCCAGGAUGGCUACUUCUCUCACAGGCCCAAAGAGAAAGUUCGGACCGACAGCAACAACGAGAACUCGGUCCCUAAGGACUUUGAGAAUGUGGAUAACAGCAACUUCGCCCCCAGGACCCAGAAGCAGAAGCACCAGCCAGAGUUGGCAAAGAAGCCCCCCGGCAGGCAGAAAGAGCGUUUGCAGAGAAAGCUGGAGGCCCAGGACAAAGGACAGGGCCAGUCAGUCCUGGGGAAAGGCCCCAAGGAGGAGCUGCCUCCUCGGGAAAAAGCCACAGGCAACAGUAGCCAAGGGAAGGAUCUCUCAAGACACAGCCAUACCAGGAAGAGUGGUGGUGGUGGUUCCCCCGAAACCAAGUCUGACCAGGCCCCCAAGUGUGACAUCUCCGGCAAGGAAGCCAUGUCAGCCCUGACCCGUGCUAAGUCCAAGCACUGCCGCCAGGAGAUUGCGGAAACCUAUUGUCGCCACAAGCUGGGGCUGCUGAUGCCAGAGAAGGUGGCUCGAUUCUGUCCUCUGGAAGGCAAAGCCAACAAGAAUGUCCAGUGGGAUGAGGAUGCUGUGGAGUACAUGCCCGCCAACCCAGUCAGAAUCGCCUUUGUCUUGGUGGUCCAUGGCCGCGCCUCUCGGCAGCUACAGCGCAUGUUUAAGGCUAUCUACCACAAAGACCAUUUCUACUAUAUCCAUGUGGAUAAGCGGUCCAAUUACCUGCAUCGGCAAGUGCUCCAGUUCUCCAGGCAGUACGACAAUGUCCGAGUCACCUCCUGGAGAAUGGCCACCAUUUGGGGCGGAGCCAGCCUCCUGUCCACCUACCUGCAGAGCAUGCGGGAUCUACUGGAGAUGACUGACUGGCCCUGGGACUUCUUCAUCAACCUCAGUGCUGCUGACUACCCCAUCAGGACAAAUGACCAGCUGGUAGCAUUUCUUUCCAGAUAUCGAGAUAUGAACUUCCUGAAGUCACAUGGCCGGGACAAUGCAAGGUUCAUCCGGAAGCAGGGCUUGGACCGUCUCUUCCUAGAGUGUGAUACACACAUGUGGCGCCUGGGAGACCGGCGGAUCCCAGAGGGCAUUGCUGUGGAUGGCGGCUCCGAUUGGUUCCUGCUAAACCGGAAGUUUGUAGAGUAUGUGGCGUUUUCCACGGAUGACCUGGUGACCAAGAUGAAGCAGUUCUACUCUUACACCCUCCUUCCUGCUGAGUCCUUUUUCCACACGGUCCUGGAGAACAGCCCUCACUGCGACACCAUGGUGGACAACAACCUGCGCAUCACCAACUGGAACCGCAAGCUGGGCUGCAAGUGCCAGUACAAGCACAUUGUGGACUGGUGCGGCUGCUCCCCCAACGACUUCAAGCCCCAGGACUUCCACCGCUUCCAGCAGACAGCCCGGCCCACCUUCUUUGCCCGAAAGUUCGAAGCCAUAGUGAACCAGGAAAUCAUUGGGCAGCUAGACUCUUACCUGUACGGGAACUAUCCUGCCGGCACCCCAGGCCUCCGCUCCUACUGGGAGAACGUCUAUGAUGAACCAGAUGGCAUCCACAGCCUCAGCGACGUGGCCCUCACCCUGUACCAUUCCUUCAUCCGUCUGGGUCUUCGAAGGGCUGAGUCGUCGUUACACACGGAUGGAGAGAACAGCUGCAGGUACUACCCAAUGGGCCACCCAGCAUCUGUCCAUCUCUACUUCCUUGCUGACCGCUUCCAGGGCUUUCUCAUCAAGCACCAUGUGACUAACCUUGCUGUGAGCAAACUGGAGACGCUGGAGACAUGGAUGAUGCCAAAGAAAGUCUUCAAGAUCGCAAGUCCCCCCAGUGACUUUGGGAGACUUCAGUUUUCUGAGGUUGGCACUGACUGGGAUGCCAAGGAGAGGCUGUUCCGGAACUUUGGUGGUCUUUUGGGACCCAUGGAUGAACCGGUGGGGAUGCAGAAAUGGGGGAAGGGGCCCAAUGUGACCGUGACUGUCAUUUGGGUGGAUCCUGUCAACGUCAUCGCCGCCACCUAUGACAUCCUGAUUGAGUCCACUGCGGAAUUCACACACUACAAACCCCCUUUGAAUCUGCCUCUGAGGCCUGGGAUCUGGACAGUGAAGAUUCUUCAUCACUGGGUGCCAGUGGCAGAGACCAAAUUCCUUGUUGCACCUUUGACCUUCUCCAACAAGCAGCCCAUCAGACCAGAGGAGGCUUUGAAGCUGCACAACGGGCCACCUCGCAGUGCCUACAUGGAGCAGAGUUUCCAGAGCCUGAACCCAGUCCUCAGCCUGCACAUCAACCCUGCCCAAGUAGAACAGGCCCGGAAGAAUGCAGCCCUCACCGGGACAGCACUGGAAGCCUGGCUGGACUCGCUGGUGGGUGGGACUUGGACUGCCAUGGACGUCUGUGCCACGGGCCCCACUGCCUGCCCAGUCAUGCAGACCUGUAGCCAAACAGCCUGGAGUUCCUUCAGCCCUGAUCCCAAGUCAGAGCUGGGUGCAGUCAAACCUGAUGGCCGGCUCAGGUAGCAUUGGCCACAUGGGACCGAUGCAGCCUCAACCCUGGCCUCUGAUCUUAUGUGAGGGAGAGGGGAUUCCUUUUGUACAAGGACCUCUGCUGACUGUAGGACAGUGGAGAGAGAGGGUUUGGAGGCCAGAGAGAAGUCAGCCUGUAUGUGUGAAGCUGGCCUCUGGGGUAGGUGACCCAGUCCCAGGGCCACAGUGGUCUCCCUCUACUGGUUUUUGCUCAGUCCUGCAGGUUCCUGUUCUCCCCCCUCCGAUGGCCUGCACCCCUACAAGUGAGUUUUAAACUUUUAUUUUGAGCGGCAGAACUUUGUUUACCUGGCACAGCCGGAGGUGGAAGUGCAAGACCAAGAUGAAGUCCAGGCUGUGUGGUUGAAGCUGAGCUUGUGUGAGGUUCCUCCUUGGAACUCAGCCCGGCCAGGUAGUCCUUUGUCAAGGGCAUCUCUAAGGUACCUCUUCUGAACCCAAGGGCUCUGUUUAAGCCAGUUUGACAAGCACUGCCCUGACCAAGGAUGGGGUCGCCAUCCGGCCCUUCCAUUUAUCUCUUCAUUUCUAUGGCUGGGAAACCUUGUGCCCAUGCUAAAAGUAGCAAGCUGGAAGCCCAGCUCCUGGCCUUCCCAAGAAGGCGGAGACAUGGGAGAAUUCCAAGGUUACUAUUGCCACUCAGUGAGCUAUUUUCUCUGAAAACCAGGGGUUCAGGAAAGCCUUUUGAUGUGAAGCGGCCAAGGUCCCCAGACAUGUGACUGCCAACUUGCCAUCUGUCCAGAUCAGCCUCUUUCAAGGCUGUCACAAAUGGUAGCAGGAACAGGGUAAAGCACAUAGAGCCUGAGCUUCAAUUCUCCUAUGCGCCCCUGGGCUAGGAGACAGCUGCUGUGGCCUCUUUGGUACUUGAAAGUGGGAGCCUUGCGGAACCUGGGCUCUGAAUCUCAAAGGGAAUUAUGUGGACCCGAGCUUCUGGCCUGGACAGCUGCACAGUAACACCUCUUACGUUCUGAGGUCAGGAGCCCCAAACCUUCGUGAACUGUGCACUUGGUGCUGUUGGCUGUGACCAAACUGCAUGGAUCAGACUGCUCCCAUGCAGGAACAAACAUUUCAGAUCGGGUCCUUAAUUUCAUAUCCUUCCUCGCUUAGGGUGCCAACAAGCUCAGUCUGGCCACACCACAUAAAAGGAAGGUUGUGUUUCAACAGUGGGAGGGUGGUUCAGAAAAAAGUAUUAUUCAUAUUGCUUGACUUAGCAGAAACCCAAGGGUCUUCUUGCCAUGUGUAUUUGAGGGGCACUGAGGAAGAGAACCCUCUUCCUCCUAGAGUUCCCCCAAAUGACAGAGUUCUCUAGGAAAAGUUUUACCAGUUCUUGUGUCUCUCCCAGCAUGGAUGAGGUACUGAAGUCAACCUUGAAGAUGCAUCUACUGCACAGCCCCUUCCCCAUCUAACAUGGCGGGCAUGGAGAAGGGACCCUUGAUAUUUAUUAUUUAUAUGUUUUAGUCAAUGACUAAUUAGUAGGUGCUGUUUUUGCAGCUUGUCAAUUAUGUUAUCUUACUAACUGAAAUUGCCUUUGUUCACAAAAGGCUCCCCCUCCCGUCCCUUUCCCCUGUCUGCCUGCCUUUCUAUCUCAUUCUUUGUCUGUCUCUCGGUGUCCACUCUACAUCCUGCACAGUUUCAAUCAGUGCCCCCACUCUCGGGAAGUAGACCCGUUUGGAUGGCUGGAACCUCCUCUCUUCCCUCCUUACCCUGACCACUGACCCAGGGACAAGAAUAUGAGGGGCUCAUGGCUUGGGGAGGGAGAAGUGUGCCAAGUGCAGAACUAUAGAUCCACCUAGCUACCCCCACAUCAGGCUUCUUGUGACCAGUUUAACCUUGAGCACAAGCUAUCACUAGCAGAGGAAGACAGGCUCCUUCCAAGAGCGAUUGAUCUUAGGAGGAGGGAUGAGAUCAGACCCAACCAGGAGAGCUCGGGAGGUAGCCACUCUGUGCUGAUAGUAGAGCCUUCAGGUGGCUUCCUCUAAAACCCCAUAGGAUUUACACUGCUUUUACAAACCCAUGGGAACCAUGAGCCCAGGGCCCCAUUCUCUUGAUGUCCUGAGCCUUUGCCUUAGUCAAAGCUUCCCUGGGACUGUGAAACCUUUUUGAAUCUCCCUUUGACCCCUCUUGUUUUAAAGAUUUGUGUCUUCUGUCCUGGAAAGUCGCUGUAAUCCACAGACUGAGACAGGGUCUGUCUAGACCCAGUGACACUCAGUGACAUCUUUCAUACUGAAACAGGCUUGGGAAUGGCAGAGCCGACUUACUCUGAAGAUGCUCAGCUCCCCUUUUAGUCACCACAAGUAAUUCGGGGAUAUUUGUUUCCUCUGUUUUUGGACCCAGAGAAUAAUUUUUCUUUUAGUAAAAACAAAAAAAAAAUGGAGACUUUAAAAUACGUUCAGCAUAAUUUAAGAAAAGAUGAUUUCCUAUGGAAAAUGGCAUAACUCCUUAUUUCUUGGUGUUUUCCUGCCUGAAAACCAUAUAUUUGUUGGAGGCUAUUAGUGAAGCAGCAGCCUUGGGAGGUGGAUGCCCAAGAGUUUUGAAAACACAGAACCAACACCUUAAAGUCUGCAGCCUGCAGAAGCAAGAAUCCUGGGCUUAACUGCUGACCAGGUCCCGAGUGUCUGGCAGGGUAUUCCUUAUGGGGAGAAGGAUUGUAGAUGGCACCUCUCCAUGCCAUUUGGUAACUGUCCUUCCCAAAGCCAACUUCCCAGGCUGUGCAGGAAGCUGUAAGUCUCCGAAAGAAGGGAGUACCUCCCAACACCCCUUUGCUUUAACCAUGCAGGUUUUUUUCUAUUCCCCAAGGGCAUUUCUGGUGGAGAUCAGAGGCCUCCUGGUUUCAUUUCUCAUUAUUGGUUUAAAUUUUUUUAAACUGAUCUUAAGUUUAGAGGGUAUAUACACAGCCACACAAACACCCCCCACACAGGCACUCAUGCACACACACACACACACACACACACACACACACACAUGUGCAAACACUCCUAAGGGGUUUGUUGCUACUUUGGAUAUAGCCUGGGUAUUUACAGAACAUAACCCCUUCCAGUUGUCUAGUUUUCAGAUAGAUAAGAGGAUGUUGAUUGAAACUAUGACCUCUCUCCCAAGAUACUCCACAACAGAAGAGCAAUCAAUGGCCACAAGUAUAGAGUACAGAGAAGAAACAUUUUCAACCAAGUUCACACGAGGGCUCAGAUCAGCAGUUCCUGAUAGCACGGGGGAGAAUAGACUGGCAACCAGUGUCAACCUGGUUAGCUCCAGCAUGCAGAGAAGGCUUGCCAGACCAGAGAAACUCUACGCAGGGGCCAUAAAAGCAUAAAAAGAUCCAGGACACAAGCAAAGAUGGGUAAAACCACAGGUGAAAGGCAAAAGGAUGUGGUGGGGAAUGUGGUCUUACUGGCACGCACAUGGCUCCUCUGGUAAUAAAGGCAGCUGUGGCUUAGCUCCCAGCCUAUCACGGCAAGAAAGAAAGCAAAACUCAUUACAGUAGAAUCGUUGAGCUAAUAAGGGAAGCCAAAUAUCCAGCUCCAGUUUGCUUUUGUUUGUUUCGUUACUGUUUUUGUUUGUUUUGUUUAAUUGGAAAUCUAGUUAUUCAAUAUUGGCUACUCUCAUUCUAAUUUUAUUUUAUUUUUAAAAAUGCGGGCAGAAAAGUAGCUUGAUAGUUGUGCUCAGGCAAAAUUCUCUUUCUGGAAAGGUGGUUUGAAAUAAGGAAAAGAAUUUAAGGGUAAGAAGUGGGGAAAAGCCAGAGUUAAGAGCGCAAAAAGAAUAGCUCACAUUAAAUCGUGUAAGACUCCGAGGUUUCAAUUUAGUAGUUCCCUCCUGAGAAAACCAGUCUUCUGCAGGAGGGCUGCGCAUCCACCACUCUGGUCUGUGCUGACGAGGAAGGGAUGUCGUCUGGUGUCUGGGGUCCUACCUCAGACACAGAGAGGCUCUCAUCUGCCCAGGUCUCCACCUUCUGGCACUCCAUCAAACCAAUUGAGAUAGCAAUGGUGCCACCCAUAAAAUGAAGCUGGGGAGUACCAGGUCCCACUUGAGAGUUCGCAUGAGUUGUCAUGCUGCCACUGUGCUGGAAGGUUCUUCAGAAGCCACAUGAGGCUGUGCUAGCUUAAGUCGUCUUCUUUGCUUCUGCCUCAGUUACCUUAUUUUGCCCAAGGGUCAGCCCCAGGCACUACCUCAAUGUCUGCUGAGAAGUUUACCUGGGGAUGGGGCGGAAUGAAUGUGGGUAGCCAUGCUGGAGCUGAUGCACAAUCUAUGCAAAUCUCUCUCUCUCUCUCUCUCUCUCUCUCUCUCUCUCUCUCUCUCUCUCUCUCCCUCCCUCUCUCUCUCUCUCUCUUUCCUUCUCCUUCCCUCCCUCUCCCUCAGUCUGACUCCCUCUUUCUUCUCCUUUCACUUACGUCCGUGCGUGUGUGUGUGUGUGUGUGUGUGUGUGUGUGUGUGUGUGUUAUUUUUUUAACCUUAUGAACAAAGACCCUCUUAAGACCGAGGAGGGCUGUCACCACCACCUGUGUCUGUCCCUCCUGUUGUCUUUAGUUCUGUUCUUGCCAAGCCCCACACUGGGAGAAAGUGGCCUCUCUCCUCCCCUCACUUGGCUAGGAAUAGUCCCCCAGCUUGGCCUGCAGACAUCACCAGGAAGCAGGCACCCCACCUCGCCUCCCCCGCUCCCAGCGCCGUCUUCUCCUUUCUGCAUUUUUCUCCUCCCUCCCACCUUCAUCCCCACCCCUCCAAAAAGCCUUAGGUUUCUCCUUUUUGAAAUGUGGCCUUAAAAUUAUUUUUGGAACGCUGACAUCCUCCCCCUCUAAUUUCCCCACCAUUACAGAAGAGAGAACAUCUUGAAGCCUGGGUGUGUGGCGGCCUCCUGAGCAAAGGGACUGCCAAUCUGUAGUCUGCAGAUGCACUGGGAAUGACUUAAAUGUCAUCUUUAAGAAAAAAUGUUCUCAUAUUUUUUUCCUAUGGGCAAAAUGAAGUCUUGUCUGCUCGUGCGGUUCUGAAGCACUCUCCGUCCGUGUUGCCGCAGCUGCCGAGUGGCUGGCACCACCAGCAGGCAUUCACUACAGCUUUCUGGUCUCCCCUUCCCUCAGGACCCCAUGACUUUAGGUACUUCAUUUCAGGAUGAAGCAGGAGUGUUUCACGGUGUAGCACUUCAUAUUUCUUGCCUGGAAAGUGACAGCAUUAAGUAUUCCAGGGGAUGGGUCAUGUUCUUGAAGGGAUGGAUGGUCCACUCUGUCCCUCAGACUCCACCUUGAACCCCCUUCCAUCACCCCAGUGCUGAUGGAAGCCAAAGACAACCCCAGGGUUUUCAUAGGAAGUUCGCUGGUAUUGAGCGUAAUUGUCUUUAUCCAUCGAUCUUUAUGUUAAAAAGAGAAUAAAAAGAGACUCUUAUGUCUUCUGUAGCAUUUGUCCUAAUGUUUGUUUUAGAGGCCUGGAGAUAAGUUAUUACUGCCUCCUUCUUUGUUUUCAAAGACAUGUGGUGAUAUAGUUUUUAAAAAUAACUAUUUUGUUAUAGAUCAUAAUAUGCAUAAAACUGUACAGAAAUAUUUUGUAAUGUAUUGAUUUUAAAAAAAAGAGAGAAUCUGUAAAUAAAAGUUUAAAAAAUAAGAGAGAGUUCACAUGGCACACGCUGAAAGAUGUAGAUAUUUUGCUAUUUAUUUAAAGGAGUAUUUUAAGAGAUAUUAAACUAUCUGAAAUUGACCAAUAAUCAAAGUUCUAAUCAUCUGACUACUUGUCAUCAGGUAGAGUCCAGUUCUCACAGACAACUGUGUUACCGCCCAUAUCUGCCUCUUUCCUGUCUUUUGAUUUAGCAGAAAACAACAACAAAAUUGUGCCUUAGCUGUAUUUCUGUCUAGGGGAAUUUGUUUCUGUCCAACAAAGCAUUUUUUUUUGCAGAAAACAGUGGAUUAUUAAAUACUGUAUUAUACCAAAAACACCACAGGUGUACAUAGAUGCUUUCUGCCAUACUGUGUUUUCAGAUGCAGAAUUUUAAAAUAAAAAAAAAUGUCUCUAUGAAAUCUCA